AUACAAUAUAGGGUGAAAUAUUAUAUGUACAAUUACGUGAAAUUUCGUUGCCAAAAUGUAUUCCAUUUCUGAUCCUCUCCCCGGAUGAUUUGAAUCCCUGAGUGCACCUCUGACGGGAAGUGCAUUACAUAUUCAUUAGACAUAGCUUAACUAUUUCUGGUGUGCUUCAGACAGAGCACAAAAAGUGGCUUACGUUCUGUUUGGAUUUACGGACACCCUGCUAAGAAACAACAUGGAGUUGUGAGAAGAGAGAGUAAAAAGCAGGUGGAAGAUUUCUCAUCGGAUACCAGCGUCCAGAUCGGACCUUCCCAGGAUACCUACAAUAACAAGCCGCCAUAGCAAAAUGGAUCAUAUACCAUACUUAUAUCUGUAGACGGUCUCCAUACAAAGCUUUGGCACCGGAUUCUCUUGAAUAUUCUUCCAGUUUAAGCAAGAGACAACAAAAGUAAGAUGUCGUCGGUAAAAGUUGCUGUGCGUGUACGUCCAUUUAACGGACGGGAAAAAGCACAUGACUCUAAAUGCAUCAUUCAGAUGUCUGGCAAAAGCACAGCUAUAACUAACCCAAAAGCUGGACCCAAAGAUCAGAAUUUGAAGACAUUUGAGUUUGAUUACUCUUACUGGUCCCAUACCACACCAGAAGACCCAAUCUUCGCGUCCCAGCGCCAAGUCUACGAGGAUAUUGGACUGGAGAUGUUGGAACAUGCCUUUGAGGGCUACAAUGUGUGUAUCUUUGCUUAUGGACAGACUGGUUCUGGUAAAAGUUACACUAUGAUGGGGAAGAAUGAACCGGGACAACAGGGCAUCAUUCCACAGCUGUGUGAAGAUCUGUUUGUUAGGAUAAAGGAGAAGAGCUGUGAUGUGACCACCUACUCAUGUGAGGUGAGCUAUAUGGAGAUCUACUGUGAACGUGUGCGUGACCUCCUGAACCCAGGUAACAAGAACACACUCCGGGUGCGAGAACAUCCUCUCCUAGGACCCUAUGUUGAGGACCUGUCCAAACUGGCUGUCCAGUCCUUCCAGGACAUCAGCAAUCUCAUUGAUGAGGGUAACAAAGCCAGAACUGUGGCCGCCACCAACAUGAACGAGACAAGCAGUCGAUCACAUGCUGUGUUCACAAUUAUCUUCACGCAAAGAAAGAAGGACUCGGCCACUAAAAUGACAGGAGAAAAGGUCAGCAAGAUAAGCUUGGUAGAUUUGGCGGGUAGUGAACGAGCUGACUCAACUGGAGCCAAAGGCACUCGUCUAAAGGAGGGUGCUAACAUCAACAAAUCCCUAACUACCCUUGGCAAAGUCAUCUCAGCACUGGCAGAAUGUAGUGCUCUAGAAUCUACUGGGAAAUCAAAUAAGAAGAAGAAAAAGGAAAAUUUUAUUCCAUACAGAGAUUCUGUUCUGACCUGGCUCCUCAGAGAAAACCUUGGUGGGAACUCCAAGACUGCUAUGGUGGCUGCCCUGAGUCCGGCUGAUAUCAACUACGACGAAACUCUUAGUACUUUGAGGUAUGCUGACCGGGCCAAACAAAUUGUAUGCAAGGCAGUGGUUAAUGAGGAUCCAAAUGCACGAAUUAUCCGAGAACUUAAGGAAGAGGUUGCCAAACUACGGGAAAUCCUUGUACAGGAGGGGAUAGAACUUGGAGCAGGACUUCAAGGUCUGCCUGUGGCCCCCAAGAUUCCGUCAGGAACAUCGUCGCGGACGAGAAAGAACUCUGUAUCAAUAGAAGGGGGAGAAGACGCUAUUGAGAGACUCCAGAUGUCCGAGAAACUUAUAGCAGAGCUAAAUGAAUCAUGGGAGGAAAAACUCAGAAAAACAGAGACAAUUCGGAAGGAAAGAGAGGCUGUCCUUGCAGAAAUGGGUGUGGCCCUCCGAGAGGAUGGUGGAACAAUAGGAGUGUUCUCUCCUAAAAAGUCCCCCCACUUAGUGAACCUUAAUGAAGAUCCACUGAUGUCGGAAUGUUUAAUCUACUACAUCAAAGCUGGACUAAAGACAAUGGUUGGUCAUGGAAAAUCUGCACAACAACAUGACAUCCAGCUUAGUGGCUCACAUAUACUAGAGGAACACUGCUACUUCUCCUGUGAGGAUGAAAAAGUCACCCUGACUCCUAUAGGGGAAGCAAUGUGCUACGUAAAUGGUCGUCAGGUUACGGAGCCAACCGAGCUGAAGACGGGAGCUCGGGUCAUUCUAGGCAAACACCAUGUGUUCCGGUUUAACCACCCCAUACAAGCCAGAAGAAGCCGAGCAUAUCUCCUGGACGAGAACCCAGCAGAAAAUCCUAGUACCGAACCUGUUGACUGGACAUUCGCUCAGCUGGAACUGUUGGAAAAACAAGGCAUAGAUCUGAGGACAGAAAUGGAACAAAGGUUGUGUGUUCUGGAGGAACAGUAUAAGAAAGAGAAAGAAGAGGCGGACCUGUUAUUUGAGCAGCAAAGGAAGGAUUAUGAGAUACGUAUCCAGUCCCUUCAGGAGCAGGUUGAGCGACACUCCAUGAUCUCCAGCUUUGCCAAUGUGGAAGACCUACUCUCAGAGGAAGUGGAAAUACAAGAAUGUGCAUGGACUGACAGAGAAAGAGAGCUGGCUGCCUGGGCCUUCAGGAAGUGGAAAUACCAUCAAUUUACCUCUCUUCGGGAUGACCUGUGGGGCAAUGCUAUAUUCCUUAAAGAGGCCAACGCCAUCAGUGUGGAACUCAACAAGAAGGUCCAGUUCCAGUUUGUUCUACUGACCGACACCCUCUACUCUCCUUUGCCGCCUGACAUCUUUUCCUCUGAUGAUCGUGACCUUGAACGCCCAUUUCCAAGGACGAUCGUGGCCGUGGAAGUCCAGGAUACCAAGAAUGGAGCUACCCACUACUGGAGUCUGGACAAACUUCGACAUCGAUUGGAGCUCAUGCGCGACAUUUAUAACGAGGAUUUAUCGCCCGACACACCUGAAGCCAAACAGGAUUUUCUCCAAUGUCUGGUCGGCUGUGGUCCGCACCAAAACUACUUUAACUUCAUUAACCUUAUCCCAUCCAGACAGAGGCUUGAGUUGAUGCGGGAAAUGUACCACAAUGAGGCGGAGUUGUCCCCAACGUCUCCUGAGCCUAAUCUUGACAGUAUGACUGGUGGAGACCCCUUCUAUGACCGGUUCCCUUGGUUUAGACUUGUCGGCAGGGCAUUUGUGUACCUGAGUAACUUAUAUUACCCUGUACCCCUUGUCCAUAAAGUGACCAUCGUCAGUGAAAAGGGAGAGGUCAAGGGGUCACUUCGGGUAGCAGUCCAGGCUAUUACUGACAAAGAGGAAACUCCUGACUAUACUCCAGGAAUCAAGCAGUCUGGAAACGCCAAAAUAACAUUUAAUGAUAAGGACUACUAUCAAACAAAACAACAACACUUGCCAGACAAGACUGCUCAGCUGCGAGCUAGAAUGUCCCCCCAGGGGGCGCCCUCGACGGAGGAACUGAGAUAUGUAGAGGGUGAGGGGUCAACACCAGACAACUGUAAUGCCAUGGAUGAAGCCUAUCGUUAUGAAGACAUAGCAAAUCAGGAAGACAAAUUCUCAGACAUUGAUGAUCGUGACCUCCCCAAACAUCUCAAGGUCGGGAGCCAGUUCAUGUUCCGAGUAACCAUCUUGGAAGCGUCCGGGAUUUGUCCUGAAUAUGCUGAUAUCUUCUGCCAGUUCAAUUUUCUAUACCGCCAUGACGAAGCUUUCUCAACUGAACCACUGAAAAAUUCUGGCAAGAGCCACCCACUGGGUUUCUACCAUGUACAAAAUUUUACGGUGAAUGUGACAAAGUCCUUCAUUGACCACAUCAAGUCCCAGCCACUUGUGUUUGAGGUGUUUGGCCACUACCAGCAACACCCGCUACACGACCAGGCUAGGGACACAGUUCCCUACAGUGCGAGGCCACCCCCUCGGCGUAGUUUUCCACCAUUGAUUCCAGUUUCCAAACCAGUUCCCUCGCCUAAGUUUGGUAUUAUCACCCCUCCAAGAUCUGAUAAGAAGUCUGGCACAAAGCAGGAUUUAUUGAUAGAUGUAACUAAGUUUACAAGUCUGGGGUUUUACGACUCAGGUAGAAGUCCAGACAUCGAAGUAGCUCCCCUGACACCCUAUAUACUUGGAAGCCACGUCCACUCUCUCUACGACCUCCUCGUCUGGUUUGAGAUCUGUGAAUUAGCACCAAAUGGAGAGUACGUGCCAGCGGUAGUGGACCACAGCGAUGACCAGCCAUGUAUGGGAACGUACAUGCUGCACCAAGGUAUACAGCGGCGUAUCGCCAUCACUAUCAUGCAGGACCAAAGUCCCGAAACAGACCUCAUCUGGAAAGAUGUCAAGGAACUAGUUGUUGGACGUAUCCGCACCACUCCUGAAUACAGAGAUUCCGACAUGGAGACCACAGUCCUGUCUCUAAGUCUUUUCCCCGCCUCCUACAUACAGUACCCUGGAGACGACAGAAUAUAUUUCCGCUUUGAGGCAGCAUGGGAUAGCUCUCUCCACAACUCUCAUCUUCUCAACCGUAUGACGUCAUCAGGAGAGCGUGUGUACAUGACAUUGUCUGCGUAUAUUGAGGUUGAGAACUGUGACCAGCCUGCCUGUAUUACCAAGGACCUCUGUGUUAUCGUACACUCGAGGGACACAAAGAUAUCUACUUCAAGUGCUCGUUUCAGGACACUGAGGAACUUAUUCGGCGGCUCCAAGAACCAGGACAGUAAUCGGGUGAGCGGUAUCUAUGAGCUGUACCUGCGACGGGCGUCCGAUUCAGGUAGUCCAGGUGUACAACGACGCCAGCGUCGUGUCCUGGAUACAUCGUCGACAUACGUCCGAGGCGAGGAGAACCUGAAUGGCUGGCGUCCCCGUGGUGACUCGCUCAUCUUCGACCACCAGUGGGAACUAGAGAAACUCACUCGUCUAGAGCUUGUAGAGAAGUCACGCCAUGUGUUGUUACUACGGGAAAAACUUGCUGAACAAAACAAAACUCACGAGCUGAGUAAAUUGGACAAGGAAGCGUCAAAUAAAUCAGCUAAGGCGAGGCAGCAGGAGGAGACGAAACUCGACGAGAAGAUUCAGCCACCCACGCCAGACAAAUUGGACAACAUCACUGACGAAAAACUUAUUGAGAAAUGGGAAAAGGUGGACGAGAGUGAAAAGGGCAAAAAGCUCAGUAAACGAGAGGCCAUAUUUAAUUUUGAAACUAAUGGAGAUCCAGAGAAAGAGUUAAUGGCCAAAUGUUUGAGGUUGAUGAUUCAUGGACGGGUCCCCUUGUCACCACCCCCAAUCAAGACACCGACUGUGAUGUUAGACUCUGUAGCCAGUACAAACACAAACACAUCAGAGGACAGCGAUGGUGUAACAGAUUCCAUGACUACCAGUAUGUCUACAUCAUCAGCCUCGGAACUGUUCAGUAAACAAUCCACAAACAACAACUCUAUCCAAUUGUCAAAAUCAUGUGAAAGUCUGUCUACAAACUCGAGCACUUCCCAGGAUUCCCCCGCAGACAGGAAGUUGUCUCUACCAAUCAAAUCAAUGAGUCUCAAUCUAGACAGCAACAUAUACAUUCCACAUAUAGAGGAGGUUCGUGUUAGCCCCGUCGUCUCCAGGAAGGGCUACCUUAACUUUCUGGAGGAGAAGCACAGUGGCUGGGUCAAACGAUGGGUGGUUGUGAGGCGUCCAUAUGUGUAUAUCUACAAUUCUGAGAAGGAUCCAGUGGAACGUGGCAUUAUCAACUUAGCCACUUCUCAGAUAGACUACAGCGAGGACCAGCAGGCUCUGCUGAAGGCUCGUAAUACAUUCUCCGUACUGACAAAGUACCGUGGGUUCCUGAUGCAGACCCUGGAUGAGAAAGACUUCCAUGAUUGGCUAUAUGCUAUCAACCCACUCCUGGCUGGCCAAAUAAGGUCUACACUCUCCCGCCGUAAGCAGCCAGUACAGAUAUGAGUAGUUUCUCACACAGAUGGACGAGAGCACAUGAAUGCAAGGUUCGAGAGAAUGAUCUGAUGGCCUUCAGCUGAAUAUUUUGAGUGAUAAAUGAAUUUUUGAUACUAUCAGUGGAAAUGAAUAUGUCUAUACUGUAUAGCUUUUCAGAGUAAAGGAAUUUAUGAGUUAAAGUCUUAAACAUUCAACAAUAUACACAAAUUCUAAGUCUAGAAAAAGAAUUGUGUUGGAAUAUUUUUGCUGACAAAAAUUAUUCUUGAAAUAAAUUGGAAAUAUUAACUUUUGGUUCCACCAUUUUGAAUUGAAAAUUCAGCCAAUCGCAUGAAUGGAUGUAAAUGGCCAAUGAGAGAGCUUGUUAUAUAAACUGUACAAUUCAUCAAAUGAAUAGAUACUAGUUAUAGAUUUGUCAUUUACAUUUACCCAUCAUGCAAAGUGAUUAUAUUGUGACACUAUGUGAUCCUAUAUAUGUAUAUUCAAAUUCAACCGUGUAAGUUAUUUUAUGUGGAGAUUCUCCCCUUUUGCAAAAAAAAAAAAGGAGAAUGUGUUUUAUCAUUAAAAAACUGGCACCUGACCUAUCUCAGUUAUUGAGUUUGAAAUACAGCACAGUAUACUGAGGUGGAAAGAUGCCUGAAAAUUCCAGAAGCUUAUCCGUCGUAUGUUGUAGUGAAAAACUAUAAGCACAUUGAAUGUGAUCAUGUAGCUAUGUACAUCAUUAUGUAAACCAAUCUAGUCUUCAUUUCAUCGUCGCUGUAGAUAGGUAUAUAAACUAUAUAUAAAGCUGUUUGUGUUGAAGUAUCAUCCUUAUGAAUGUACUGGUAGAAAACAGGUCACAACAGAUAAUUUUCUGGUUGAAACUAGAAGUUGUAAAGAAAUUUAGAUAAUUACGUAUAACAUAUUCAUGCUGUGAACCAGAACUUUUUUUUAACAGUAAAUAUUUAUUGUAGAUUUUUUUCUAUAAAUAAUCGAAUUUUACAAAUUUUAUAUUCUUUGGAAAAUAUCUAAUGUUUGAUUUUUUAACUUAUUCUUUAAGUAAGCUAGCAAAGGUGUAGAAAAUUUAAUUUUCUGUGCAUAUAUGUUAAACUAAAAGAGAAGGCACUGUUUUGUUGUAUACUAGGUAAUGGUGUAGAAUAUUCACAUUUAUCUAGUGUAGAGGAAAAGGUUAUUUUACCUGGACAUACUGGACAAUAUCAUAGGUACCCUCUUCACCAUUACCUAAUAUACUGGACAAAAUCUCCGGUACUCUCACCCUAAUCAACUGCUGUUUCGAUCAUAAAAUAAAAUAAUACACAAUAAAUUUAUCAUGGAUAAUAUUUACACAUUAAGUGAAGUGUGUAUUGAUGGCUUUGCUAACAAGUUCGGAAAAUUCAGUUUAUGAAUGUGAUAUUUAGUGUGUAAAAUAACGGUACAUAUAUAUAUAUAAGUACAGUCUGAGGAGUAGUAAUUCUUUACAGCCAGGUUUCCAGUAAAUUAUAAUUCAUAAACUGAAGCAGUUUUCAUACUGUCAAUGGAAUACUAGCGACACUGCAGACAGAAAUAAAUUCAGCAUGUAAAAUUUAUAUAUACAUAAUGAAACACAUUUGAUCCAUAUUUGUGAUCGAUGAUUAAGAUAGCUUUAUAACAUUGCAAUAAUCCAAAGUAUUUACCUGUGAUAGGAACCAGACUGAGUAAUCUUCGUUAAAUUAUCUAACACUUAACAUUGAUUCACAUGUGAAUUAAUCAAUUAUCAAGAUAAACUGUUAGAGAAGAGAUUUCAAUGGUUGAAUCAACCCUAUGAAGUCUUGUGUCCUGUUGUCAAGUUGAAAGGAAAUCACAGUAUUUAGUUAAAUAAAACACAUUUUUUCACUUUUACACAGAUUAACACACAGGCCUAAACGCUAAGCACAGCCUAUAUGUGCCAAAUCUGAUAUCCAACAAGUAUAAGUAUUUUUCAGAUUAAACUGAUAAAUUACAAUAUCAAACAGACAUAUUACAGUUUGAUAUCGAAUGCAUCACUGAAAAUAGAGGUAUGUCAUUUAGAUGGGGUUUGAUGACACAGCUAGUUUACAUGUAUCACUGUAGAAUAUUGUCUGACAUCUUAACCAAACUCUACAGGAGAUAUUUGAAAUAAAUAAAACAUUCCUUUUUAUUGAAAUAAAGUAUAAUAUACAAUUGUAGUUCCAACUUUGCUAAUAAAAUUUGAGAUAUUUUGAAUGCCCUAUGAAAAAUCUUGCUAUAUUUUAUUAGAUUUAUCAAGAGACACUGUCGAUCUCUAAGAAAUGUCAUGGCUCCAAAUGACGGUAAUGUAAAUUUUGUGAUCGCCUGUUUGUAUUUCUAUGGGUUUGCUUAAUUAUAUUAUAAAUGUGUAUAAAACUGUGCAUUUCUUUAUAUUUUCAAAUUUUAAUAUGACUCUAAAACAUUAAGGUUCAUUGAAAGGGUAAAACAUGCAUGACCUGAAAUCUAACCCCUGUGGAAUACCUAGAUAUAGAUGUAAUGUCCUGGGGACCUGUCAACCCUCCUCGCUUUUACCCCAAAUUGUUAGGUUCAGUAGUUUCUAUAUAAUUCUCAAAACAAGUGUCUGUAGUGGCUGAGUUUAAUUUAGUACAACGCUUACAAGCAAUACUGCACCUUCAGUUUGUCAAUAAGAUAUUCCAAUAUAAUGGUUUCAAAGACAAUGUCGAUUUUUCGCCUCAUUCUAAAAUUAUAAGAUUUAUAAAUGGCAUUAAAAAAUUAGGCUAAAGGAGACAACUCUGAAGG